GCAAAUCCUUUCUGAUAAACAGUGAUCAUAAUGUUCACGAAACAGUUGUUUUGGGUUGCGCUGCUCGUCGUCUCCGUUAAUUCCCAAUCAGUGCUGAAGGGAAUAAAGGCUUCGAUCAAGGAUGGUUCCGGGUCCAGGGAUAUUGUAAUUAACGAUUUGAAGGAUUUGGCCGAAGCGUACGAGCUUCGCAUUGAAGAUCAGCGUCUGCCCGAACUCACCCACGAUUGCCUGAAGAACUUGGACCGUCUGGAUACGUUGGUUAUCAAGAGAUGCGGCUUGCAGAACAUACAUUCAGAUGCUUUCAAAAGUCUCACGAGUUUAAGGAUUCUGGAUCUAUCCAGGAACAAGAUCGAAAACGUGGACAAAGUCUUUAUAGGUUUAAACGUUUGGAGGGUGAAUUUGAGCAUGAACCAUCUCAGUCUAAUCGGCGAUGAUGCUUUCGACAAUAUGCCUAAGCUCCGCGUUUUGGAGCUGGACAACAACAGAUUGACGAAGAUCAACACGAAUUGGUUCAAAGGUUCCCCGAAAGUCUUCAGACUGCAGAUGGAUAAUAACAAGAUAACGCAGAUUCCGAAAGCUGCCUUCAAGAGGAUGGAUACAGAAGCCGCUUUGGACAUUUGGCUCAUGGAUAAUCGCAUUGAGAAAAUUCACACGAUGGCUUUCGAAGGGGUGAAAAAGUUGGACACUCUUUGGUUGACCAAUAACAAGAUCAGCAGUAUAACCGGAGAAAUGUUCGAGGAUGUGGUGAAGAUCAGAAGCUUCUACAUAGACAGAAACGCGUUGAGAUGCAUCGAUGAUUCAGCAUUGACGCACAUCGCUGUAGAACAAUUCAGCAUUGAUAGAAACCCCAUAAGCUGCGAAUGCCUUAGGGUGAUCAAGAAAUGGGCCAAGAAAUCCGACGUCGAGUUGUCGUCAGCCUCGAUUGGCUUGGGGUGCCUCAGGGAUAGGAUCGAGGAGCUCUUUGAAAAACAAAAGCAGUUCUACGAAGACCAAUUAGACCGUGCGGAGAGGAGAGAGGAUAUCAAGUAGAUUUUACACGAUCAUUAAAGACUUCUGUUUUCUUUAAA